AAACGCCCGAUGAAUUCAAAGGCAGAGACCACUUUGCUUCUUAUUUUUGUGGCUUUAAUCGCGCAAGACUGCUUUUCAUCCAAGGGGGAGGAUCGGCUCUUCCGACGGCUUUUCCGGCGGUACAACCAGUACAUCCGUCCUGUAGAGAAUGUGUCCGAUCCGGUGACAGUGGAGUUCGAAGUUUCCAUUUCCCAGCUGGUCAAAGUUGAUGAAGUGAAUCAGAUUAUGGAGACCAAUCUCUGGCUAAGGCAUAUUUGGAAUGAUUACAAAUUGAAAUGGAGUCCAGCAGAAUUUGAUGGCAUUGAGUUUAUUCGUGUUCCCUCAAAUAAAAUAUGGAGACCGGAUAUUGUGCUGUACAACAAUGCUGUUGGGGAUUUUCUUGUGGAGGACAAAACGAAAGCACUUCUGAAGUAUGACGGGACGGUGACCUGGGUUCCUCCGGCUAUUUUUAAAAGCUCUUGCCCAAUGGACAUCACCUAUUUUCCCUUCGACUAUCAGAAUUGCUCAAUGAAGUUCGGCUCCUGGACCUACGACAAGGCCAAGAUUGACCUCGUCCUGAUUGGCUCCAAAGUCAACCUAAAGGACUUCUGGGAGAGCGGGGAGUGGGAGAUCAUUGAUGCUCCAGGAUAUAAGCAUGACAUCAAGUACAAUUGCUGCGAGGAGAUCUACCCUGACAUCACAUACUCCUUUUACAUACGGCGCCUCCCGCUUUUCUACACAAUCAACCUCAUAAUCCCCUGCCUGCUCAUUUCCUUCCUAACAGUGCUGGUAUUCUACCUGCCCUCUGACUGUGGAGAGAAGGUCACUCUUUGCAUCUCUGUUCUCCUCUCCCUCACUGUCUUUUUGCUGGUCAUCACUGAGACCAUCCCAUCCACAUCCCUGGUCAUCCCACUCAUUGGCGAGUACCUCCUCUUCACCAUGAUCUUUGUCACACUGUCCAUCGUGAUCACUGUCUUUGUGCUCAACGUGCACUACCGCACUCCCAUGACGCACACCAUGCCUGGCUGGGUGCACACCAUUUUCCUAAGAGUUCUGCCUCGCAUCAUGCUCAUGCGUCGGCCUGCAGACCAACAGGAGGCCAGGGGUGGGAGUGGGAGUGGAGGAACGACUGGGAAGAAACGGAGAAGCAGCACCUCGCAGCAAGGUGCCGCCAUGAACUGCCUAGAGUAUGGUGAGGCCAAGGCACCUACUGACACCAAGAAGUGCCCCUGCCAGCACGGCAAGGAUGCCCCCGAGCCUGACACUGGCAAACUUAGCCGGCAGCUGAGCCCACAGCCUGUCAACACAGUGGUGGCCUUCUCUGUGGUCUCACCUGAGAUUAAGCAGGCUAUAGAAAGUGUCAAGUACAUUGCAGAGAAUAUGAGGAGCCGCAACAAAGCCAAAGAGGUGGAGGAUGACUGGAAAUAUGUGGCCAUGGUCAUCGACCGCAUCUUCCUCUGGGUGUUUGUGCUUGUCUGCUUACUGGGGACGCUGAGCUUGUUCCUGCAGCCGCUCAUUGGCUUCCUCACGUAGUUCUGCUCCCCAGCAUCAUGUCUCCGUCAUGUAGACUUAAGCAGCACACACAUAGACUA